AUGACUACUAGUAUUCGUUCACUGACUGAUCGCCUUGCUCGCUUUGCACUUUAUGAGUGUACUGCCGAUUUAUCUCACUUGCAUCCUAAAGAACACGCUGCCUUGAAACACUUGGUCAAGGCAGGCAGGUAUAUUGAUCAACUCUACAUGAGACAGGCAUGGUCAGGCAAUGAAGCACUUCGCGAGAAGUUACAAAAGGAAGGUAAUAAGGACUUGUGCACCUUGUUUGAAAUGUAUAAAGGACCUUGGGCACGUGAAGACGACAAUGCUGUAUUUGUAGACGGUGCUCCUAAACGUCCUGAAGGUGGAAAUUUCUAUCCUGAAGACAUGUCAAAGGAGGAAUUCGAGAGCUGGGUAGCUACUUUGCCAGAAGAAGAACAGAAGCGAGCCAAGAGUUAUUAUACCGUCAUCAGACGCGACGACAAGGGGCAGCUCAAGUCAGUGCCUUAUUCAGAAGCCUUCUCUGAUCUCUUAAAGCCUGCAGCGGCUCAUAUUCGCGAUGCUGCUGAGGAAUUAAAGGAUGUGUACGAAAAGGGACAUGAAGGAACUAAUAUUUAUGAAUUUUUAACUUCUCGUGCCAAGGCAUUUGAAACCAACGACUAUAUGGAUUCUGAACUUGAUUGGCUCCGGCUUGGCAAAUUCAAUAAUCUCGAAAUCACGCUUGGCCCUUAUGAACAGUACACAGAUGGUCUCUUUACAUUCAAGAGUGCUUAUGAAUUCUAUAUUCAUGUUCGUGACGCUCAUUCAUCUCGUUUACUCGAAAAGUUCUCCGACCUUCAGUUUGUUGAAGAUCGUUUGCCUAUUCCUGAAAAGUAUCGCAAUAAGGACCUGGUCGUUGCCCCUAUCGUCGUCGUCAAUCAACUCUUUUCUGCUGGUGAUGUCGCUGUUCCCAUGACUGCUGCAUACAAUCUUCCAAACGAUGAAGAAGUCAUCAAGAGAGGAGGAUCUAAACUGGUGUUGAUCAAGAAUGUUCAAGAAGGAAAAUUCGAACAUGUCCUCAAGCCCAUUGCGGGUCAGAUCCUGGCCAAAGACCAACUUCAAUACUUGAGCAAAGAUGCAUUCACUACACACGUUUUGCUUCAUGAAGUAUGUCAUAGCAAUGGUCCUCAUCAUACCCUCGAUGGACACACCAUCCGUUCAAAGCUACAAGAACAUCACUCUGCCUUUGAAGAAGCCAAGGCUGAUAUUGCUGCUCUUUUUGCAGCUGAUAUCAUGGUCGAUUGUGGCACCAUUGACAAUGUCACCCAAGAGCAAUUCUGGGUCACAUUCUUAGCUUCAGCCUUCCGAUCGAUUCGAUUUGGUAUUCAAGAAGCGCAUGGAUUAGGUCAAGCCAUGCAACUGAACUACCUAGUAGAAAAGGGAGGCUUUAUUUAUGAUGAUCAAGAUAAAGUGUUCCGUGUUGACUUUGAAAAGAUUCGUUCAGCUGUCUCUGAUUUGACACACGAUAUCUUGGUGCUUCAAGGAGAUGGUGAUAAGCAGGCAGUCACCGCCUUUUUGAAAAAGUAUGGUGUAUUGGAUGUAAACACAAAAGAUGCUCUGGAUCGUAUUGAUCAUGCUGGUAUACCUGUUGAUAUUCGUCCUAGUUAUCCUCUUUGUCAAUAA